AGGAAGUCCCGACGCCCUUGGGUGCGUACGGCGCGGCGGCGGCCAGCCCGGGCCCGGCGUGGCGGCGGCGCCGGGAGAAGAGCGGCGGGCCGGAGGCGGCGGGCGGCGCGCUCUCCGCCGACCGCCGCAAGUCCAAGGUGUGGAACUACUACACCAAGCUGGGCGACGCCUACGUGGAGUGCACCGUCUGCAGGAAGCAGCUCUCCUUCCACAACAGCACCACCACCAUGCGCGAGCACCUGGCGAGGAGGCACAGCAUCCGCGACGCGCCGCUGCGGCUCAAGGAUGAGGCGCCCGAGGCCAAGCGGCCGCGGCAGACGCCGCCGGAGAGCGGCCCCCGCCGCGGCGCGCCCUGCGGCGAGGCCAGGAGCGAGGUGAUCCUGGAGCUGGUGCUGGAGAUGAUCUUCCGCGACCUGCAGCCGCUCUCCGUGGUGCGGGACAGAGGCUUCGGGCUCCUCCUCGGCUACCUGGAGCCCGCCUUCGUCCUGCCGGCGCCGGCGCGGCUCGCCGGCAUGCUGCGGCACCGCUACGGCGUGGUCAAGCAGCAGGUGGAGCGCUCCCUGCGGACGGCGCAGGCCCUCGUGGUGUGCCUGGAGGCGUGGGCGUCGCGGCGGGGCCACGGCUACCUCGGCAUCUCCGCCAGCUUCAUCGACGGCGAGUGGCGGCGCGCGCGGUGCCUGUUGGAGACGCAGCGAGCGCGCCGGGACGAGGGCGGCGUGGGGGAGAGGCUGCGCGCUGCGCUGGCCGAGUUCGGGCUGCCGGGCCAGGCCGUGUUCUGCGUGGUGGACGACAGCUCGGAGCCGCCGGCGGGGCAGGGCUGGGCCGGCCUCUGCUGCGCCGCGCGCGCCCUCCAGCUCUGCGUCCAGGCGGGGCUGGAGGUGGAGCAGGUGCAGGAGGCGCUGAGCGGCGCCCGGGGCAUCGUCAGGUUCUUCGAGCAGGACGCCGAGGCCAGCGGCUGCCUCGGCAGCAAGCUGGAGGCCCUCAACAAGUCCCAGCUGAAACUGGCGCUGGACGCCGGCUCGCGCUGGCUGACCACGGUGGAGAUGUGCGAGAACCUCCUGGAGCUGAGGUGGGCCAUCAUGGCGGUGCUGGAGGAGCACCCCCGCGGCGCGGCGGCCGCGCGGAGCCUGGCCGACCACCAGUGGAAGCUCCUGCAGGAGCUGGUGGCGGUGCUGCGGACCGUCAAGAUCGCCGCGUCCUUCCUGCGCGAGGAGCAGAACGCCUCCGUGUCCGCCCUGAUGCCCUGCGUCCACGGCGUGGUGGCCGCCAUCGGGCGGCAGGCCGAGGAGGCCGGCGCCGUCGUCAGGAGGGUGGUGGGCAACAUCCGCGCGGAGCUGACGCGGCGCUGGGGGCUGGCGGAGGAGGAGAAGGUGCUGGAGAGCCCGGCCGUCAUCGCCUCCUUCCUGGACCCGCGCUUCAAGGAGCUGAGGUUCCUGAGCCCCGGCCUGAGGAGCGAGCUGCACCGCAGGGUCAAGGCCAUGCUGUCGCAGGCCUUCGGCCACCAGUCCCCGCCCGGAGCCCGCUCCGGGGCGCCCGGCUCGGGGUACAAAGCCGAGGGCGAGGCCCCCGAGGAGCCGAGCGCGCCGUCCGCCAGCGCGUACGACGUCCUCCUGGGGAAGGACCCGACCGAGAGCAUGCCCGAGAUCCACCGGCAGCUGGAGAACUACAUCGUGGAGCCGCUCUGCAAGCGCAGCGCCGACCCGCUGGACUGGUGGAGGAGCAACGAGCACCGCUUCCCGGCCGUGGCCAGGCUGAGCAGGCGGUACCUGGCCGUGCCCGCCACCGCCGUGCCGCCGGAGCGAGCCUUCGCCGCCGGCGAGAGCGCCCUGCAGCACCGACGGGCCGCGCUGGCGCCGGAGAACCUGCACCAGGUCCUCUUCCUCCACCACAACUUCGACUUGCUGGAGGCGAGGAGGAGCGGGCAGCGACACCCGCGCUAG